UCACGCUUAUGUGUUUCUUCCGGUGCGGUCGUUCACAAUUCCUGGAAUAAGGUUGCUUUUUUCCUGGGUCACCGGUGUGAAUAGCAGGCACUAUGCGGGUGUCGGCACCCUCUCUGCCGCUAUGAAUCGCCAUCGAUUGCAUUGUUCUUCUAAUCGAGAUCUCGGUAUUAUCGGUCUGAUCACAGUCGUUCGUCUGUAUCAUCCUGCCAUUAUCCGGGAUUACUAGAGACUGCUGGGCUAGUAUCACCCCGAGCCAUCUUAUCACGAGUUAAGGGUUGGCGUUCUGUACAAUAGUAUUGGGAAAUCGUAAACUUCGCCAAUCGAUAUCUCGAGUCCUCGUCGUCGUCUGCUGCUGUUUUACUCUUGUAUUAUCUACUGAAGUUCGGUCCUGUUACUACUGGACGAUGCUGGUGUAUUGCGGUCUGGGUUGCUCAACAUGAAUCCACUGCUACUGAUUUCGUGGAUAGUCUCGAUUCCAUCAGGUUGGUUUCUUCCGCCUCGAUGGAUAACGACGCGCUACUGCUACUCUGGUGACAACCAUAUCAUCCUCGUUGUGCGGUCCGUGAUAUCAGUAUCUUUAGUUCUGCUUGUAACCGAUUGUGUUCCUACUGUCACACUGUGCGUAACACUGUGCGUAUUCAGUCUUGUUUCUGCCCUUGAUCCAUUUCUACUAUUAGGCUAUAUCUCAUUGGUUCCUACCGAAUCGAUUCGAAGGUGUCGUGAUCGAGUCGGAGUGAGCGUGAGACGUAAUCUUAAGUCCAAUCAGGUCAUCUCCUAAUACAAAUCCUCGACCAUCCCAAU